AUGUCAAUCAUUGUUUUGUUGCUACUCAGUUAUUUAGCAUUUUGUAUUAUUUUUAUUUUGCAAUCAAAUCAAGGAGGUCUCCAAUCCAAUCAGCAAAGUUAUUCUGAAAAAAUGAUUUUUCUUCAAGUUGUUUUAAUUAGUUUAUUCAAUGCAUUAGCAGCUUCAAUUUAUGUUUUUAUGCAGUAUAUCCAUAUUAAUGAAGUGAUUAUAAUAAUUGGCCAACUUUGUUGGUUAAAUGCACACGGUGGGGGAAUACAGUCAAAUCUCCGUAUAAAAUACACCCUCAAAACUAAAUAUCGAGGAUGUUGUUUAUCCACUUAG